AUGCCUCUUUGGGUUAUCUACCACACUCCUGAUAUCUUCCUUGAUGAUGCAUCCAAGCAAGAAUUGGCAAAAGACAUCACGUCAUUUUACACCAACGUGGGCUUGCCCGCCUUCUAUGCAAUUGUCAAUUUCAUUCCAUUACCAGCCGGUUCAUUGUGGAAGGGCGGAGAAAUUCCCGACAAGCCUUUCGUCCGUAUGGCGGUAGACCAUAUUGCCGUCAGGUUGGACAAUUCUGUCGAGGAGUAUAACCGGGUUACCGAGUUGGUGGAAAAGGCCCUGAAGCCGCAUAUCGCUGAUAAAGGUUACGACUAUGAGUACCACAUCGACGAGACGGAGAGAGGACUUUGGCGCAUCGAUGGGUUUAUCCCACCCCCUUUCAACAGUGAUGCUGAGAAAGAAUGGGCUCGUCUGAACAAGGCCGUUCCAUACACCGCUGAUAAGAUCGAGAACUAUAACCAUUGA